AGAUGGAUGUACACCUUUUUUUCUCAAAUGAGAAUGGGAAGGAGGUAAGAUAGUUUCAUGUUAACUAGAUACAAUUUUAUUACUUAGAAGCAUGUAGUUCAGCUGAAAUAUGGAAGUGUAUUCCUAUGUUGCACAUUAGCAACAUCAGGACUGACUCAUUUUUUUUGUGAGAAAGCUGUUCUGCAAUCUUAAUUACAGAGAUUAAUUAAUUUCCAUCUCCCUCCACACAUCUAUUCCAUGCUGUGUUUAGGGAACUAUUGGCAUAUAUAGGAAUUACAGAGAAAGUGUAGGCUAGAUUAAAGGUUUUGUAAAAGUCUUAGUUUGUUAUAUGUAGUUUUCCCUUCUAUUAUAAAAUAUUUUUGCAUCAGCAGAUCUGCUUUCAUUUUUGUUGCAUAACUCCAUGGAAAGAGCUGUAUCUGGAAAGUACCAUCUUCCAGAUCCCUAGCAUGUGCUGAUGUUUUUCCAUUUGCAGUGGUGGAGAGGGCUCUUAAUUGGUAAAAUCACUCUCAAGCACGGAAGUUGCAGAUAAACCCAUGCAGCUUGUUGGAUGCAGGCCCAAGAAAAAGGACUAAAUUCCUUCCUGUUGGUUACUGGCCUGUUUUGAUAAGCAUCCAUAUCUCCUGAGCUUUUUAUACCUUUACACCAGGUCUCUGCCGAGAUGGAACACGAUACAUCCAACAACUGUUGCAAAAAGCAAGAGAGUGCUGGUGGUAAGAAGGAAAUAACAUCUUCAAAAGAAAUACAGGUCAAGGAGGCUGGUGGAGGAGGCAUCAAAACUCAGAUAAUAGCAGAAAGCUCCUGAAGUGUGUACAUCAGAGCACAGUAAGGCUGAAAGAAGCCUGGAAUAGGAGAAGAGAGAGAAGGACCAACAAGAAGCUGGAGGCAGAAUAAGGGAGACCCUCUACUGAUCCAUAUAGUUUUCAAAGCAGAGUCUCUGAAUUGGAAAUAAUGGAGUUAGUUGUGAUGCUGAACGAGAUACUCUGCUCAGCAAAGCAGAAGGAGCACCAGCUAAGGACCUGGCUUACUGUGAAAUUCACUUGAUUCUAAAAAUCAACAGACACAUAGAACAUUUCUGCAGACAAAUGAAGUGGAGAAGCAAAUUCUGAGGUCUUUUCAGUCCAGGCAGCUUGGAGGAGGAAUAUCCAGCAGCAAAUUCCUGUAUAUGAGAAGGUGUUUACUGAGGCUGGACUGUUCUGCAGAAGACAGAAGUUUUGCAAUAUUUAGUGAUUCUAAGGACAUACAGAACCUGUAAAGACUGCCUGCUCAUCAUGUCUUCCAUUCUUGGGAAGAUGAAGAAAUUUGGCAGUUCUGACAUGGAGGAAUCUGAUGUGACAGAUGAACCCAUGGAUGGGGAGGAUUCCAUGCUGGAAGUGCCCGACAGUCUCCAGGGUACACUGGGCACCAAGGUGCAGCCACCCAAAAGUAACAUCUUUGCAAGACGUGGGCGGUUUGUGAUGGGGGAUAGUGACAAGGACAUGGCUCCCAUGGACUCAUUUUACCAGAUAGAUCACCUGGUGGCACCUUCUCUUAUCAAAUUUCAUGCCAAUUUGGAGAGGAGGAAACUUCGCAAGCACCUGUCUACAGAUUCCAUCACAGGCUGUCCAGAAAAACCUUUCAAAUUUUAUGAUCGCCGAAGAAUCUUUGAUGCUGUAGCCCAAGGCAACACAAAGGACCUGGAUGAUCUGCUGCUCUACCUUCAGAGAACCUUGAAACAUCUCACAGAUGAUGAGUUCAAAGAGCCAGAAACUGGGAAAACCUGCUUACUGAAAGCCAUGCUGAAUCUACAUGAUGGGAAAAACGAUACCAUUCCCUUGCUGCUGGAUAUUGCAAGGAAAACUGGAACUCUGAAAGAGUUUGUGAAUGCAGAAUAUACUGACAACUACUACAAGGGCCAGACUGCUCUUCACAUCGCCAUUGAGAGACGGAACAUGUACCUGGUGAAGCUCUUGGUCCAGAAUGGAGCAGAUGUUCAUGCAAGAGCCUGUGGAGAGUUCUUCAGGAAAAUCAAAGGGAAACCUGGCUUUUAUUUUGGGGAGCUGCCUUUGUCCCUGGCUGCCUGCACCAACCAACUCUGCAUUGUGAAGUUCCUCCUGGAGAACCCCUACCAUGCAGCCAACAUCACUGCUGAGGACUCCAUGGGCAAUAUGGUCCUGCACACACUGGUGGAGAUUGCAGAUAAUACUAAAGAUAAUACCAAGUUUGUUACCAAGAUGUACAAUAGCAUAUUGAUCCUUGGUGCCAAGAUUAAUCCAAUCCUAAAGCUGGAAGAACUUGCCAACAAGAAGGGGCUGACUCCAUUAACUCUGGCAGCCAAAACAGGGAAGAUAGGGAUUUUUGCAUACAUCCUCAGACGGGAGAUCAAAGAUCCCGAGUGCAGACACUUGUCUCGGAAGUUCACUGAAUGGGCUUAUGGACCUGUCCACUCAUCUCUCUAUGACCUGUCCUGUGUGGACACCUGUGAGAAAAAUUCAGUGCUUGAGAUUAUUGCCUACAGUAGUGAAACACCAAACCGUCAUGAGAUGCUGCUGGUGGAGCCCCUUAACAGGCUGCUGCAAGACAAGUGGGAUCGGUUUGUCAAACACUUAUUUUACUUCAACUUCUUUGUCUAUACCAUGCACAUCAUCAUCCUCACUGCAGCUGCUUACUACAGACCUGUACAGAGUGAAAAGCCUCCCUUUGCUUUUGGUCACACCACAGGGGAAUAUUUUCGAGUGACUGGAGAGAUCCUGAGUGUACUAGGAGGUCUCUAUUUUUUUAUCAGAGGGAUACAGUAUUUCAUGCAGAGGCGCCCGUCAUUCAAGACACUGAUAGUUGACAGCUACAGUGAGGUUCUUUUCUUUGUUCACUCCUUGCUUCUCCUGAGUUCUGUGGUGCUGUACUUCUGUGGCCAGGAACUCUACGUGGCUUCCAUGGUCUUCUCCUUGGCACUGGGCUGGGCUAACAUGCUGUACUACACCCGUGGCUUCCAGCAGAUGGGCAUUUACUCUGUCAUGAUUGCAAAGAUGAUCCUUAGAGAUUUAUGUCGCUUCAUGUUUGUCUAUCUAGUAUUCCUCUUGGGAUUUUCUACAGCUGUGGUGACUUUAAUUGAAGAUGACAACGAGGGGCAAGACACAAAUAGUUCUGAAUACGCCCGAUGCUGCCACACGAAACGAGGCCGCACGUCCUACAAUAGUCUGUAUUACACCUGCUUGGAGCUCUUCAAGUUCACUAUUGGGAUGGGGGACUUGGAGUUCACAGAGAACUACAGGUUCAAGUCUGUGUUUGUCAUCCUUUUGGUUCUCUAUGUCAUCCUUACCUACAUCCUCCUGCUCAACAUGCUCAUCGCACUGAUGGGGGAAACUGUGAGCAAAAUUGCACAGGAGAGCAAGAGCAUCUGGAAACUCCAGAGAGCCAUCACCAUCUUGGAUAUUGAAAACAGCUACUUGAACUGUGUGAGGCGCUCGUUCCGCUCUGGGAAGAAAGUCUUGGUGGGGGUGACACCUGAUGGCCAGGAUGAUUACAGGUGGUGCUUUAGGGUAGAUGAAGUGAACUGGUCCACGUGGAAUACCAACCUGGGCAUAAUCAAUGAAGACCCUGGAUACUCUGGGGACCUCAAACGAAAUCUCAGUUUUUCUAUUAAGCCUGGCAGAGUUUCAGGGAAAAACUGGAAAACGUUGGUUCCACUUUUAAGAGAUGGAAGCAGGAGAGAAGAGACUCAAAAACUACACGAAGAAGUCAAAUUGAGGCCUAUUUUGGAACCUUACUAUGAGCCAGAAGAUUCUGAGACACUGAAGGAAUCAAUUCCAAAGUCAGUCUAAUCUUAUUUUCUUUUUGAGAAGGUUAAUUCUAGUUGCCUUUGUGAGUCCUCACAAGCAGGGCAAUUAGAGCACAUAAUUCAUAAGAACAGGGAUUUAUGAAAAAAGGUCAGAUGACUUAGGAAAUUACUGUGUGCAAGGAUUUAUUAAGUAUCCUAAAUAAACUACUUGUUGUUUAAACUUA